GCUCGUUUCCCGGUUGAACGUCGGGUCUUUGCUGCCGGCGCUCCGCCCCCAGGUUGAGUCUUCGAGGAGUUGUUUUUUUUAUUGUUGUUGUUUUCUCUCUGGGUUCGUGGGGCUGAAUAUCAACCCCACAGACAUGUCGGGCUUUAGCCCGGAGCUCAUCGACUACCUGGAAGGGAAGAUCUCGUUUGAGGAGUUCGAAAGGCGGAGAGAGGAGAGAAAAACCCGCGAGAAGAAAAGUCUUCAGGAAAAAGGAAAGCUAUCAGCUGAAGAAAAUCCAAGUGACUCUGAAGUUCCAUCAUCAUCAGGAAUUGACUCCACCAAAUCCCAGGACAAAGAUGCCAAUGAAGGAGAAACAUCAGAUGGAGUUAGUAAAUCGGUUCACAAGGUCUUUGCUUCCAUGCUUGGAGAGAAUGAAGAUGAUGAAGAGGAAGAAGAAGAGGAGGAGGAGGAGGAGGAAGAAACACCUGAACAACCCACCGCAGGGGAUGUGUUUAUGCUAGAGAUGGUUCUCAAUCGUGAAACCAAGAAAAUGAUGAAGGAGAAAAGGCCUCGGAGUAAGCUUCCCAGAGCGCUGAGAGGUCUCAUGGGCGAAGCCAACAUUCGCUUUGCUCGAGGAGAACAUGAAGAGGCAAUUCUGAUGUGCAUGGAAAUCAUAAGACAAGCUCCCCUGGCUUAUGAGCCAUUCUCUACUCUUGCCAUGAUAUACGAGGACCAAGGCGACAUGGAGAAAUCACUGCAGUUUGAGUUGAUUGCUGCGCAUUUAAAUCCUAGCGACACUGAAGAAUGGGUUAGAUUGGCAGAAAUGUCUCUGGAACAAGACAAUAUUAAGCAGGCAAUUUUUUGCUACACCAAAGCUCUUAAAUAUGAACCUACUAAUGUCCGUUAUCUAUGGGAGCGAUCCAGCCUUUAUGAACAGAUGGGAGAUCAUAAAAUGGCAAUGGAUGGUUAUAGGCGUAUUUUAAACCUUUUGUCUCUGUCUGAUGGAGAACGAUUUAUGCAGUUGGCUAGAGAUAUGGCAAAGAGUUACUAUGAAGCCAAUGAUGUUACUUCAGCUAUUAAUAUCAUUGAAGAAGCCUUCUCAAAACACCAGGGCCUAGUCUCCAUGGAAGAUGUUAACAUAGCAGCUGAGCUGUACAUUUCUAACAAGCAGUAUGACAAAGCUCUGGAGGUGAUUACAGACUUCUCCGGAAUCGUGCUAGAAAAGAAAUCGACAGAAGAGGGCGCCGCCGAAGAGGAUACAGGUGCUGGUGAGAAUGUUACUUGUACUAUACCUGAAGGUGUGCCAAUAGAUAUCACGGUGAAGUUGAUGGUCUGCCUUGUUCAUCUCAACAUCCUUGAACCGCUUAAUCCUCUUUUGACCACACUCGUGGAACAGAAUCCUGAAGAUAUGGGAGACCUCUACCUAGAUGUUGCUGAAGCUUUCCUGGAUGUUGGUGAAUAUAACUCUGCACUUCCUCUCCUGAGUGCACUCGUCUGCUCUGAAAGAUACAACCUUGCCGUCGUUUGGCUUCGGCAUGCAGAAUGCUUAAAGGCCUUAGGCUAUAUGGAGCGAGCUGCUGAAAGCUAUGGCAAAGUGGUUGAUCUGGCCCCCUUCCACCUGGAUGCAAGAAUUUCUCUCUCCACACUUCAGCAGCAGCUGGGCCGUCCUGAGAAAGCCCUGGAAGCUCUGGAACCGAUGUAUGAUCCAGACACUUUAGCACAAGACGCAAAUGCUGCGCAGCAGGAAAUGAAGUUGUUGCUUCAUCGUUCUACUCUGUUGUUUUCACAAGGCAAAAUGUAUGGCUAUGUGGAUACCCUGCUUACCAUGUUGGCCAUGCUCUUAAAGGUGGCAAUGAAUAGAGCCCAUGUCUGUUUGAUAUCCAGCUCCAAAUCUGGAGAGAGGCAUCUCUACCUUGUUAAAGUGUCAAGAGAAAAAAUAUCAGACAGCAAUGAUCAAGAGACAGCAAACUGUGAUGCAAAAGCAAUAUUUGCUGUACUCACGAGUGUCCUGACGAAAGAUGACUGGUGGAACCUCCUGCUGAAGGCCAUAUACUCCUUAUGUGACCUGUCCCGAUUUCAGGAGGCUGAGUUACUAGUGGAUUCCGCAUUGGAGUACUGUUCGUUUUAUGAACACAAACAAAAACGUAAAGAACUAGAAUAUUUUGGUCUCUCCGCUGCAAUUCUGGACAAAAAUUUCAGAAAGGCAUACAACUAUAUCAGGAUAAUGGUAAUGGAAAAUGUCAAUAGACCCCAGCUCUGGAACAUUUUCAAUCAAGUUACCAUGCACUCUCAGGAAGUACGGCAUCAUCGUUUCUGUCUCCGUUUAAUGCUGAAAAACCCAGAUAAUCAUGCCCUGUGUGUCUUAAAUGGACACAACGCAUUCGUAUCUGGUAGUUUUAAGCACGCCCUUGGCCAGUAUGUGCAAGCCUUCCGCACCCACCCCCACCAGCCUCUCUAUAGCCUGUGUAUAGGCCUAACCUUUAUUCACAUGGCAUCUCAGAAGUAUGUGUUAAGGAGACAUGCUCUUGUCGUGCAGGGCUUCUCCUUUCUUAAUCGAUACCUCAGUCUGCGUGGGCCCUGCCAGGAAUCAUUCUACAAUUUGGGUCGGGGCCAUCACCAGCUGGGGCUGAUUCAUCUUGCCAUCCAUUAUUAUCAGAAGGCCCUGGAGCUCCCUCCACUGGUGGUUGAGGGCAUAGAAGCCGACCAGGUGGACUUACGGAGAGACAUCGCCUACAACUUGUCUCUCAUUUACCAGAACAGCGGGAAUGUCAGGAUGGCGCAGAAGCUGCUGUAUACCUAUUGUUGCAUAUGAGGCGCCCGCCGAGGGGGAGCCUCGGGCAGCUGGCCGUGCCUGCGGCAGCGUUUUCUGUCUCCAGGCUUAUCAUUCACCUCAAGAUGGAAAUGAUGAUUGUAGAACUGUGUAUUUCAUAUUUAAUACGUGAUAAUGAUCUUUUGGUAGAUAUGCAGAAAUCAUCAUUCCUACGAGAAUUUGUGUAGUGUUCUGUCAUUUUCCUUUGGCAUUGUUUAGUGCAGUUGAGCUCUAACAAUUAUUUUAAAUGGUUAUGUGGUAGGAAGGCAAAUAAUUGAGUUUUUACUUUCCAUCUGUAUGUAUUUUAGCUGCAUAGACGGAGACCUUGGAGGCUGGGAUGAAUUCAGAACAGUGUGCCCCAAGGCAAGUUAAAAAAUGCAUUGUUGGUGUUUGACCAGGGCUUUCGAUGAAAAAAGAGAAGAGGGAUCCAUGUGCAAUAAAAUGACCUGGUUUCCAUUCCAAGAUCACUAGGAAUGUAAGAAGACUGAAAGUUGUAUCGGGUUGGUCAAAAAGUCCAUUUAGUCUUUUCCAUAAAGGACACAUUUUUCAUUUUUACCAAUAACUUUAGUGGUGUGGAUAUUUUGAGUAUGUCAGUUCCUGUUUCUAGGCUUCUAGCAGCUAGAGGCCAGGGGGGCUGCUAAACAUCUCCCAAUGCAUAGGGCAGCCCCACAGCAAAGAAUCAUCUGGCCACAGUGUCAACAGUACCAAGAAACUUCACAGACCACUUUUGACAUGUUCAAUCAGUCACAGCACCUUCUCCAUACACUGCACAAGUCUUUUUGCAUUUCAGUUGCGUUUUUACCUUUCUUGAAAUAAUAAAGCAUAAUGUGCUGAAAAUGUUGCAUAUUUUAUUCCAUCUUUAGUAUUAGAAUGGCUAUGCAAAAAUACACCAAUUUCAAUUUUUUUUAAAAAAGCAUGCUGUUACGACAGCUGUCACAAUACGAUCUAACAAAAUUGUUUUGCAUGAAGUUAAAGACAACUAAGCACUAGUAGAGCCAUCUUAUGGGAAAAACCUAAAUGCAUUUUUUGGCCAACCCAAUAAAAAUGGAAUUAAGUAUUGUUGAUAAACUAAAAGAAAAUAGGUAAAAAACCUUUUUCUUAUCACAAAUAUUUUAUGUUCUUGGACGUAAGAUAAGAGUACUUGUUAGAUAUACUAUUGGUUUAAUAAUAGCAUUUUAGAGUUUCUUUUAGGGGAAGGUAAAUGCUACAAAUGUGCUUAUGGAUUAUAAGACCUAGUCCAGUUGUGGGAGGGAAAUAAGUAUGAGACAGAUAAAAAAAAUACAAUGGGGGCUUUUUAGAGAUUCUUACCACUGUUUAGUGUAUAUAUAACUUUGUAAUUGAGAAGCAGAAUUUGUAUGUGAUAAUUAAAUGUGUUGUCCCUCUGUAUGUGUUUGUGUAUAUAUAGUGUAAAUAAAUUUUAUAAUUGAA